AUGGAAUGGUACGGCACCCCCCCCCUCCUCCUCCUCCUCUUCCUCCUCCUCCUCCUCCUUCUCCUCAUCCAUCCUCCUGGCAAACCACCCUUGCACCCCUGUCUGGAGACUGCUUCCGUAACCGGCAGGCGGUUGGCUUCCUUUUUAAAUCACAAGCACAAAUUAGAUAUGGCGUGUCUAUCACAUGGCACGACAAGGGGGGGGGGAGGGGAGCCCUUGAACGGGAACGCAUGGCAGGGUGUGGACGCGCGGGGCGGGCAGGCCAGUGCUUAUAUUUGCAGCACGCACACGCCCCCAGUGAAGUUGCAGCCGGGGAAUGUCAACAAGCACCCCCCACGCUUCCCUCCCAAGCCACAAAAGAAUGACAUAUCUAUCUGUCUGUGGAGGAGGGGUUCCUGUCAGCUCCCACGCGACAGAUCCUACACGGUGUACACUGAAUUGCAAAUAUGUGUGCGAGAUGUUGCGGCCCCCUGGUUGCACGCUGUCUCGUCUUCUGAUCCUGGAACCCCCACCCGCAAGGCUGCAGCACCGCCUCCCCCAGAAGAAGCAAGAGGGAGAGAGGAUGAGAGAGAGAGAGAGAAAGACGCCCUUCCAAUUUCCUUGACCGACACUCGCUGA